AUGGAGGGGCAGCGUGAAUACGUUAUCGUUGGGCGCAAGUCGAAGGGUCGUGCUCAUCAGCAGUCCGGAGGUAGUCGCGAGAACAUUACCGUCAUCAUUACCAUCUGCGCAGAUGGUACGGCUCUCCCGCCUACCGUCAUCUUCGAGGGGAAGGGCUAUCAGGUGAGCUGGGGCUUGCCGGACAAUCCCCUAGGUGCCUCCGUUGGCCACUCCCUGCGAGGAUGGACGAAUGGCGAGAUUGGUGUCGUGUGGAUCAAGGAGUUCGACCGUCUGACGAAGGCCAAGGCUGCAGGCCGUCCUCGUCUGUUGCUCCUCGAUGGCCACAACUCGCACUACACCCAGGGCUUCCUCGAGUACGCGCGUAGUCACAACAUACGGGCCAUAUGCUACCCAGCACACACGACGCACAUCUUGCAAGGCCUUGACGUCGUGGUCUUCGGUCCCCUGAAGCGCGCGCUGUGGGAGGUGUUGAGAUGGGAGGGCGCAAACACAAACAGCAGACCACAAGAUGACGGUCAGAGACAAGGUUAAGUGACAGUGUGAUACGUGACUAUAGGUAAGUA